AUGGCGCUGCUGUGCCUGGCCGUGGCCGACCCCGUCCCUUACGGCGGCGGACGGAAAGAACACGGCGGCGGACGGAAAGGACACGGCGAGUCCGGUUCCGGUGGAUCAGGCUUCGGAAGUGGAAGACUGGGAUCCAGCACUGGUAGAUCAGGUUUUGGAAGUGGAGGGUCAGGAUUAGGAGGUGCCGGCAGUGGCUCUAGUGGAUUUGGAUCAGGCUCUGGGAGUGGAGGAUUAGGUGGAUCAGGUUACAGCGACAGUGGAAGCAGCUCCUUUGGCAGUGGAGUUGUAGGCAGUGGAGAUCUUGGAGGAGCUGGUGGAAUCCUUGGUGGUGGCAGCACUUUUGGCUCCACUGGUGGACUUUGUGGCAGUUGA